UGCGAGCCUGGUUUUCCGGAACGUCAGGUAGAACCAUAGUGCGUAGGCUAGUAGGCUAGCUACCAACAACAGGAAAACAAAGAAAGGCCAUGAAUCAUCACAUGCCUCGCCAAUGUGGGAAUCUUGAGAACAAUACUAAGGGGCAUCAUGGAAGAUAUUGUUCCUUCGACUAACGCCAGACCAAGCCGUUACUCUGGCAUUUAUUCGAUGCCAUGAAACACAGGACAAAGGCAACACGGCAUCGUCCCCGAGUCCUCUUCAAGAAGAAAACCAUGGCGUCGCCGUCGCGCGUCGUGGGCAACGACCCUCUCACAUCCCAGAGAGUUGUUGACGAAGAGUUUAUUGACGAAUUUGUAUCUCAUAACACUAUCUCAGCCCUCAUCAUGAUUCCUGACCUUUUCACCACCUCGCCACCCAUCAGAGAUAUCUUGGAGACGGCCACCUCCCAGGCCCAAGAUGAGACCAUGGAGACUUGCCUGCCAUUCCUGGCCGGUGAGGAUGACUACUUCCAAUACAAUGAAAAUGGACUUCCUCGGUUAGAUCGACAGCGGCACGCAAGGCUUCUCCAUAGUACCUUAGAAAAGCUUCCUGGCCGUUUCGUCGCUGCAGACGCCGCCCGACCUUGGUUCCUGUACUGGUGCCUCUCAGCGCUCGUACUUCUCGGGGAGGACGUGUCCGACUAUCAACGCGGCGUCAUCGAGACAGCGCAGUCGAUGCAGAACGAUUCCGGUGGCUUUGGGGGCGGGAAUGGCCAAUUGUCUCAUCUGGCAACGACCUAUGCCGUGGUCUUGGCCCUCGCUCUUGUCGGCGGAGAGGAGGCAUAUGAGGUCGUCGACAGAAAAUCCAUGUGGAGAUGGCUCUGUUCUCUAAAGCAAGCCGACGGCGGAUUCCAAGUCUGUCUCGGUGGAGAAGAGGAUAUCAGGGGAGCUUACUGCGCUGCUGUAAUCAUCACGCUCCUGAACCUCCCACUUGAUUUGACACGUGAAUCGCCGGCCUGGACAGAAGGCCAUCCAACCCUCUUCGCAGGUUUGGCAGAAUACGUUCGAAGAUGCCAAACCUUUGAGGGGGGGAUAUCAGGGCAACCUGACGCCGAAGCGCAUGGCGGAUAUGCCUUUUGCGCCUUGGGCUGCCUCGCUAUCCUAGACUCACCCGAGCGGAUCAUCCCUAGUUAUCUCGAUGUUCCACGCCUUAUUUCUUGGCUAUCCUCUCGGCAAUACGCCCCAGAGGGCGGCUUCUCCGGUCGCACGAACAAGCUCGUCGACGGAUGCUACAGCCACUGGGUCGGGGCUUGUUGGCCACUGGUCGAGGCAAGCCUUGGAAUGCCCGGCUCCCUCGCCAGCGACCUUCCCAAGCACCAGCUGCGACCAGCCACAGGAAGUCUUUUCAGCCGGGAGGGUCUCAUCCGAUACAUACUUUGCUGCUGCCAGGACCAAACCAAGAGGGGUGGCAUGCGAGACAAGCCUGGCAAGCUCUCCGACCAAUACCACACAUGCUACGUACUAUCGGGCCUAAGCUCUGCGCAGCAUAAAUGGCGUCUUGCGCCCUCGGAGGGCGAGGAGAUGGAUGUUUCUGGCAGGCAGGAUCAAGUGUGGACGGUAUCACCGUAUCUCGAUGAGGUACAGGUUUUUGACGAGGGGGAUCGGAUACUCCCAUUACAUCCCGUGUACGCCAUACCAUUCAGCUCUCAAGAGGCCAUCAGAGAUUUCUUCUCUGCGAGGCCAGGCUUCUAGGACGCUUGGCCACCCUCACUCAAGGAUAUCACGGCCACUCGGGCCUACUCAACCCCUCCCCCCUUUCCCCUCUCGCGUGGCAUAUCCCGUGUGGAGGUCGAUCUUCGCGGACGAUAGGACCGGGCCGGCUGUCAAAUGGUCCUUGUGGGGUAAUCCGCGUGAUCUUGGAGCCGUUCGGAAGAUCGCGAUGCACGAUAGAUAUGGUUCCCACUCAUACUUGACAGCUCAGCGGUUUAGUUCUGGAGUACCUAGUGGACUGGCCGGGGCGGUUGGUCUGCGGCACGGGAGGCCCCGGCUAAGCCUUCCCAUCGUGACUCGUCUUACCUUGCUAGCAGAGUGCAAAUCGAGACCCAUAAAAUCCAGU